CCUCACUUGCGAGUAGUGAAAUUUCAAGAGAAUCAAUCAAGCUCCCAGAAAUUCCCAAACAAGAUGUUGGGGGUGCAACAUUUGAAGAUUUAUAUGGCUGGAAGCAUUUCGGGUGACAAGAGCAGAACUGUUUUGGCAAGAAUCACAGUUGCAGUGGAAAAUCCUCCAGGAGGAAUACCUCAGAAAGCAGCAGGAACUGGUGCUGGUGAGGGGUACAAGGGAGAUGUGGCACCAACAAGGUUGGUCUGUGAACUGAAACCAGUCACACCUACUGCUGAGCUAGAAAGUUGGGCAUGGGCUCCUGAGAAAACAGGAAGAGGAGAGGCAGCAAGGGAAGAAAAUGAAUGGGAGGUGCCUGAGGAUGCAGUGCUGGCAAAGGCAAAGACAAAGACGAAGAUGAGUGUUGAGAUGGAACUGAUGACAUUGGCCUCUUGUGGUGGGGCUCAACUAGAGGGGGGUCUGAGGGCUCCAGUGGUGAACCGAAGCUUCUCAGGGAGCCCGGUUCUGCUGGAUGGUACAAGAGGCUCUAAGAAGGACGCGGCCUCAGCGACUCGGAGGGAGUGCUGUGCCUCCGUUACGUCUCAGUAUCUUGUAGAACAGGAACGGGAAUCACUCAGAGGGACUUUGGGUGGCAUUUUAGUCGAGAUUAGAACUGAGGAACUACAGGUUCUAAUCUACAGGGAACUGAGGUGUCAGGCCAAGGAGGGCGGAGUUGGAGGCCGGAAAAUGAAUGGGGAAGACAAAUGGGUAAAGGGGGUUAGCCGACUGAAUGGUAGUAAGAAGGUAGUCAUGCUAAGAAUGGAAGGUGACUAA